AUGGGGCCUGAGGGCAGGACCAAGUGCUUGCGCUGUGACCCAGAGCCAGACUACUGGGCAGCUAGCAAUGACCCUGGGCAAGAGCAGCAUGGACAUCCCUGUCUGUGCUCCCGUGUCCUGUACCAGGACCAUGUGGAUGGGCAGAUCCUGGGCCAGCUACGCCCCCUGACAGAGGAGGGUGAGGAGGAGGGGACAGGGGCCACCUCGUCUGUGCAGCCUGCCUUCCCUGGGAUGGGCUCCGAGGAGCUGCGGCUGGCCUCCUUCUGUGACUGGCCACUGGCCACUGGGGUUCAGCCCGAGCUACUGGCUGCUGCCGGCUUCUUUCACACAGGCCAGCAGGACAAGGUGAGGUGCUUCUUCUGCUGUGGGGGCCUGCAGAGCUGGGAGCAUGGGGAUGACCCCUGGACUGAGCACGCCAAGUGGUUCCCCAGGUGCCAAUUCCUGCUCCAGUCCAGAGGCAGGGGCUUCGUCCGCAGCGUCCAAGAAGCUUACUCCCCUCUGCUCAGCUCCUGGGACCUAUGGGAAGAACCAGAAGAUGCGGCCCCUGCUACCCCCUCAGCCUGCACAGAGGGGGGCCCGUGUCACAAGCCUGCCCCCUUGAGUAGGCGUCUGAGCCCAGCCCCUGAGCGUGCUGGUGGUCCUCCAUCCCCGACAGCUGGAGACCCGCAGGAGCAGCUGCGGCGGCUGCAGGAGGAGAGGCGGUGCAAGGUGUGCCUCGACCGCUCUGUGUCAGUUGUCUUCGUGCCAUGCGGCCACCUGGUCUGUGCAGAGUGCGCCCCCAGCCUGCAGCUGUGCCCCAUCUGCAGGGCGCCCAUCCGCAGCUGCGUGCGCACCUUCCUGUCCUAG